GAAAGAUGCAUCGAAUUCGUGCGGCUUGUAAUACGACGAGAAGUAGAAUUGGUAUAUCAUGACCAGACGCGCCAGUUGUUUCCAAUUCAAUAGUAAUCCUUUCUAACCUAAUUUUUCUCAAAAACGGAGCCUUGAAUAAAUUGCAUGUAUAAUCACCCCAUCGCCGGUUGUAUACGAUUCACCCACGAUACACCCUGUAUAUAUUAGGAAAAAUUAGGGAGAAUUUACUGUAUUUAGAAAACACAUCACGAGCUCGAUAUACGUUUUCAAUGAACAGAAUACAAUGAAUCGGAAAAGCUAAUAAUCGUAUAAGUGAUAAACGCUUACAACUCGAUGCGCACUUUCGACGAUACGAUGCCAUAAAACUCGCGGACAUAACCUAGACCGAAUGAAAAACCGCGAUUUACGUUGAACAAGAAGGCGCGCCUGAUACUUUCGGAGGGGAGUGUACGUGCACCGUGUACGCUAGUGCGGCGAGUGCGCGAUACCGCGGGAGAACAGUUCGACGGUGAAAUUGUGCCGAAAGUGACGAUGAUACACGAGUUAGAAUAGGCUGACGCGGAGCUGACGCAGCCAUGCCCACGAAGAAUCCCGAGGCAGUGGACAUUCUGGAAGCCCUUGAAUCGAAUCUCGCAUACAUUCCAGGCGGACGCGACCGCGAGGGAAGACCUUUGAUCGUCGUGAACGUGCCGUCGGAACUCCAGCCGAACACCAAGCCCAGAUUGGAAUCUCUCGUUGCCUAUUUCUUGUCCAUUUUUAGCGAGGAGACGAAGAGGAAUGGGUUAGUCCUGCUGGUGGACGCACGGAAGGGUGCAUGGCGCGUCGCGAGGUCUUGCAUAAGACUGUCAAUGGUUCUUCUCGGGCCGUGUGCCGCCUCUGUGAUCGUCGUGCGACCCGAAGGUUUCUGGGACAAACGAGUGGACAGCUGCACCAGGUCUCAUAAGGAAGGAGAGCCGACGUACCUAAUCCUGACGAGGCUUCCCCUUCACGUGGAUUACGCGCAAUUACCCUACGAACUGGGCGGCAACAAAUUCUACGAUCACACGGAGUGGAUUCAAAACCGCGUGAAGGUGGAGGACUACGUCAGGGAUGCCGCUGAUCUCGUGUCGAAGAUGACGGACCUCCACCAAAGAAUGACCAGCUUGGACGCGUUCCGCAUGCUGGAAUCGGACGAGGACAUAGAAUCCUAUUGGGAGACGAGCACGGAAUUAACAUCCGUGGCGGGUUACAUCCUACAAUCGGGAAGAAGCCUGGUGAAUUCGACGAGCAGGGCGUCCGCGAAGGAUGUCUCGGACACGACGAAACGAAUCCACGAGCUUAUCGAUUCCAUCGAAUUGAAGAAGGUGGACAUUGAAAAUUCCUGGUCCGAAAUGGAAAGGAACCUGGACACCGCCAGAGUAAUCGGCGAUCUCGAGAAGGGUGUGUCCCGCGUCACCGAUUGGAUCCUUGGGCCCGCUGACGCAAUGCUGAAUUCCUGUUGCCAGGUCGGAUUCGACGUUUCGUCCUCGGAGGAGCUGCGAAGGCGGCACGAGGAAUUGGAGCUCGAAUGCAGGGAAACGUACGGACGUUAUGCGGAGUUGCUUCACAAAAUCGACAGCCUGCCGAGCACUCGUCUAUCCGAGGAUUUGAAGUCGCAGAGGGAUUUCAUGGACUUCGUUUGUCGGAGCUUCGCGACCCGGCUCGAGAGGCGGCGGAACGUGCUAAUUACUUCGCAGAGAUUCUUCAGACUGGUCUCCGAGUAUUUCGACAAGACCAGCGAGGUGUUCGAUAGAUUGGUGAUGGGCAACAGGACUCACGACUUCUCGCAGGCUAGCGGCAAUCUGCUCAAGUUGCAACAGAGUCAGGCGAAUCUUGAAUCCCUGGAAUGCGAGCUGGUGAAGGAAGGUGAGAAAUUGUCGGAUAUACUGUCGAUGCCUGUGAAGGAUGCCCUGGGCCGAGAUGUGCGAGUCGACUACGGCGAGGACAUAGUAAAUGUCCGAGAUAUUUUAGAUGCGACAAAUGCGAGGAAGAAUAUUUUCAACGACAGCGUGGAACUGCAGAAGCUGUCCCUGAAACAAAUUGCGUUGAUAUAUACUUACGAAAUGGAUACUGAACAGGCUGUUAAAUGGUUGAACGAUUUGUACAACGUUCUACUGAAGAAUCAUAUGGAGAUUGGUUGCAACGCGAAUGAGAUACAGAUGCAGAAGGAGGAGCAUCAGUCGUUUCAGGAAACCGCCAAGGGGACGUACGACUACGGAUGCCAAUUGGUAAAUGGCGCUCGGGUGUUAAGGUUGUCCUGCAGGCUACCGUUGGACACCAACGCGACCCUCUUCUCCAAGUUACGCCAGGCUUGGAAGCAGCUGCGAUCCGUUGGACAGGAACAGUUGACCAGGCUCAGAGUUUGCGCCGUGUUUCACAGGAGCGUCGAGGAUCACUGUUCGAAGCUGCGCGACCUAAUCGAGGCGGUGGGAUGCCUGCGUCGCUCGGUGAAGACGGACGAUCUAGUAGCGGAAUCUCGAGACCGAGCAGAGAUAAGAGACAUCUUGGGGGACCGCGAGAAGCUGCUCCUGGAGGUCGGCAGAAUGGUUCGACUAGGUCGGCUCCUGCGGACCAGGCUAAAGGAGCCUCUAUGCCAUCAACGAAUGUCUGAGGCCGAGGAUGGCUCGGGCAAAGCCAGUAACCUGACAGCGGUGGAGGCGAUCUCGGCCCGACUGGCGGAAGUGACGCGGCUCGCCGAGAAGCUGGACGCCAGAUUAUGCGAGGCGGGUGCCAGGACUCGGCCGGUCCCGAUCUCGUCCUCCGCCAUGUCCUCGACCUCCUCUCUGUUCUCGCUGCCCGCCUCCGUCGCGUCCGCGUCCGCAACAACGACGCCGUCCGCGACGAUCAUUCGACCGAUAUCGCCGGGAAUCUCGUCGAUCGCCGGCGCAGCCUCCGCGACGAUGAUAAGCUCGUCCGCACCGGCGCCACAAUUCCAACCGAGGUCCGUUUCCACGUUUUCGACCGUCAAGGGAACGUCGCCGCCUUCUUCUUCGACGACGACGACGACGACGACGAUACCAGCGGCGGAUAUUGGAAGCUGCGCCGGUGUCGAGAGAGUCCAGUCACCGGUGAUGGAGGCUGCCGCGAAGUUUGCAGAACCGGCUGGGACUGACAACGAUCGGAUGGAUUUCUCGGAUCCCGAUGGACGCAAGCAGGACGACAGCGUUGCCGAGGAUAUCGUUGACAGAUCCUGCGACGAAAGUACGAUCGACGACUCGAACGUGGAGUGUUACGUGACGGCCACCGAGUGCUCGACAACUCCGACGGGACGUUCGAGGAGCGAGUCCUUCGUCGCGUCAGAAUGGGAAGACCUUGCUGCUCCAGCAACCAUGACGCCUGCGUGCGAUACUUGGGGGAACGUCGAGGAUUCGAAACUCGCUGCCACCAACACAACAACGUCGUUGUCGUCGGUGAUUAAGCACGCCGAACUUCCAAAGGUUUCCGAAUUGGAGAAGAAGAUGGCGUUGAUCGAUGUUUCGAGACCGGAAAUCUGUGAGUCGAACGGAGAAAAAACGGUCGACAAGUUUGUCGCUAUGGAAAGGAUAGUGGAGGACAAGUCCGGCAAGAUCGUGAAGGAAGUGACGGAAACGACAACUUUGCGCGUGUCUCACGACACUCGGCUGGGAGUGACAUCUUACAAAGUGAUAUCCAACACCGUGCAAGAUCAUCGUGAAAACGUUGAUGUUAAAGAAAUCGAAGAUCUGGAACGCAUCGUGACACCGGACGCCUAUGAGAAAACGAAUGGCCACCAUCGCGAACCGGAACUCGGAUCGAAAAGUGAAUCGUACAGCCGCCGUGACGAGCUGUCGACGAGAACCGACGACGGCGAGCGAUCGAUCAAAUUCACAAAGGUCAGCGAGCGAAGAGUCGAGGAGGAGAGGCCGGCGGCGACGUCUCCGGCGGACGGUUGCAAGGAGAUGACGUUGACCUUGAAGGAGUACACCAGGCACCACGAGGACAGCGGUAUCGAGAUGUCGCCCACGAAGAGGGAGGACAGCCUGGAGGGUCAAGAUUUCCUCGAGAAGGCGAGGAAGGGUGGAAUCGCGAGAAUGGUGGACGGGCACGACGCGAUGGAUGCGACGGAGAAUAGUGAUGGACCUCGUGAGAAGGAUUCGCGAUCGGUGGUGGAGAGCAACGAGGAUGCGCCGCAACAAACCGCCGCUCCGACGACCACCAUAAGCACCAUAGCCGUGCAGAGCGGUGAAACGCGUCUGGUGAUCGCUCUACUUCAAAGCGGGGAAUGGCUCAGGCUGAAGGUGUUAGAGGUGCAGCCGGAAUUAACGAAGCUCGGUUCCUCUGUCGAAGAAGCUACCGAGUUUUCGAGCGCACACGACGAAGUUCUGCUUCGAUUACAGAGCAAACAGAGCCCGGUGGAGGAGCUGCUUCGGCAGGCCGAUCAGUUGAUAUCGAACCAAAGGCCGCGGGCAGAAGUGUACGCCGCGAUGGCGGAAACUUUGGGCCAGGCUUGGCACGACGUGAACGAGCUCUUAGAGCGGCACAAGCAGAUCCUCGACUGCAACGUAUUGUUCCAAUGCCGCGCGGAGGAGUGUCGUGAGAGCAUGAGGGCCCUCGAGAUGACGUGCAACGACACGUUGCUGCCGAUCGAGAUCGAGGCGGUGAAGAACUUCCUGUCAAAGAUCCACGAUCUACGGAAGAACAUGCUGGAGGCGCUGAUGGGCGCGUUGCAGGAGGGAAAGAGUUUGUUGGACAGACUGAAAGAAAUCGCGAACGAGGGCACUUUGGAUUCCAGGCCGGACAGAAUUAAACUGGAAGCCGAUCACGCCGUGAUAAAAGUCGAAAGAUGGCUGGAAGAGCUCCACGACAGAAGACAAUUGAUCGAAACGUCAUUUCGUAGUCGAAAGACUCAAUUGGAGCAAUGCCUGGCUCUCGCUCUGCUAGCCACCGACCUACGUGAUCUCGAGGAGAUCUUGAACGACAGAAUCGCCGCCCUCUCGAGCAGCUGCGACCAGCUCGGCGAUUCCGCGUCCAGCGCGGAACUGCUUCUCUUCGAAUUGAAAAAGCUGCAGGCCGAAGCCAAGGAAUUCCAAGACAGAUCGAUCAAGAUAACGAAGUCCACCGAACGAUUAGUGUCAUCCGGACACUUCGCCGGCGAACAGGCGACGGAACAAGCUUACGCGAUCCUCGGUGCCGCGGCUGAUUAUGUCAACGACUUGGAUCAGUAUGAAUCGCUGUUGAACAGGGCUAUAGCGUUUUUCGAUUCUGCGCGGUCGGCCAUUACGAAACUGGAUCAGCUUGAAAUCCAGCUGGUGACGACAGAGCAUCCGCCGUACUCGUUACGGUUAGCUCGGUUCCAUGCUCAGACAGUGACCGCCAUAGAAGAUGUCACCUCGAAGCCGUUGACCGAAGGAUACGGCCUCCUCGAUGUUACAGGACGAGGGGCUCCCGGUGCCGAGGGCGUGAAGCGCAUGGUGGAGGAGCUGGAGAACCGGAAGAUCCGUUUGCUGGAGCGUUGCACGGCCCACGAGAAGGAGAACCUCGAGAUCUCGAGGAUCAUAAACGGAUUUCUGGACAAGCACGACGAGCUUCGUAAAUGGCUGAUGAGCAUCCCGGAGGCGUUUCUUCAGGGCCACCAGGACAUGGGCAGCGACGUCGCGAUGGCGAAGGACUUCUGCCGGCUGCACCGUCAGCUGUUGAACGACGUCGAGCAGAGGACCGUGGAGGCCGAGCGUCUCGAGUUCGAGAUCCGACCGAUCGCCGAUCGAUUGGAAGAGCUGCAGAGGAUGGAGCUAGAAUCGAAGGCCGCGGAGUUGUUGAGCCUUUGGAACCGGACGCGGAAUCUGCUCGCGAAAAGAAUCGAAUUGGGCAGCGUCUACCUGCAGUUUCACCUGGACGUCGAUGAGCUGACGAGGGAGAUCGAGUCGAUCGAGAACGAGCUGACGAGGCCGGCCGACCUUCUCGACGCUGUGAAAGUCGACGAGCUUCAGAGACGAUGGAACGAUCUUCAGUCCCUUUACCUCAGGCUCACCGGAAACGGGAAAGCGUUCUUGGACGCGGCCGUCAAGAUCGACGAUCCUUAUCUGGACGUGCACAGAGCCUGCCUGUGCGUGCAAACGCUUCUAGACAGGUUCGCGAACAAACAGCUGCAAUUGAAGAGAAUUACCAGCGAGAUUCUGAUCGAGAAACGUAUCGAGUACGAGCGAAGAAUCGAAGAAAGUACAAAGACGUUGGAGACGGUUGUGAAAUACAGCGAGCAACUGUAUCCAAUAAUAAGGACCCUGUCCUCCGAGGCGUCGGUAAUCCUUCAGGAUCUACAGAAUUCGAAGGCACGCGUCCCAUCCGAAUUGAUCAAAUCCGCGAACGAGUUGGAUUGUCGUAUCGCGAGCAUGAUGUCCCUGGGCCAGAAAGGCGAGAGUCAGAUCGCCGAGGGGAUACUGAAGCGACUCGAGCAGAUGCAGGAAAAUUUACGCUCCACGGCCAGAAGUUACGAGACUCUGUUGGACUUAAUGAUUAGCGUGUGCCAGAGCAUGGACGAGGUCAAGCACGACAUCGACCAAUUGAAGCUCCAGGCGGAGCGAGCGAUGUCCUUAAAGAGCCUGAUCGAGGUGGAAAGCAUCACAGGCGAGCUGGCCGCGAGGCGGAAAUACAUCAGCGACAGAUUGAACCAUUUAAAUGGCAGGAUGCAAGAAACGAUAACUCGAAUCCGGCAACAGGAGCCGCCGGAAGCCGGUGUCCAGGACGUCGAGAAAUUGGAACGCGCUAUGCUGUCGAUCGGCUUCGAUUUCACGAACUGCGAGCGUCAAAUUGAGAAGAUCGAGGAGCAUCGGCGAACACGCGUCUUCGUCGAGGACUUGGAGAGGAUCCACGGCGAGCUGCGCGAUCUGAACGAACAUCUGAAGAACGUGGAAGCUAGGAUCGGCGAGAAUCUACAGGCCGCCAAAGCUGCCGCGUCUUCUUUCGCGCAGUUUGAGAAGACUGUCUCGAUUCUGAAGGAGAGAAUCGAGACGUUCGUGAGAACCACGGAGGAGUCGAUAAUGCUUCUGACACCGGAGAUCGCGAACGACGUUUCCUCGUUGAGAGAACGAUGGAGGAGCUUCGAGACGAGGGUCGCCGAAACGAAGAGACGGAUGAACUUGUGCGAGGAGUACUUCGUUCUUCUGGACGAGGCCAGGGAGUGGAACAGAACCGGUAGCAAACUGCUGAUGGUGAUCGCGAGGAAAGCUACCACCGUGAAAACGCCGGCUGAUGUUAUGGAGCUUAUUCAGGAAAUGGAGUACUACGCGAAACCUGGCGAGGAGAUACAGGAGCAGAGGAUCGAGAAACUGAAAGGGUUGUCGACUGUAAUAUUCGGAACAGACAGGCUGCCCCAAUUCAGCGAAGUGAUACUUGAGAACCGACAAAUGCUCGACUCGUUCUCCGUCGUCUCCUCCGAGUUGCAAACGUUGAUGGAAAAUCUGCGGAACGCGGAGGACAUACGGGAGAAGCUACGAAUAGAGAAGCAGGAAACCGACGAGAGGUUGCAGGCCGCCAAAGUCGAAAUGGCCGCGGCGACCGCUGCUAGAGAAGAAGCGGAGAACGCGAGGAAAAUCGCGGAGAAGCUCGCGGCCGAGACGUUGCACAAAGCGACCGCGGAAGCGAACAAGUUGAAGGAAGAAAGGGAGGCGCAGACAAUCUCGACCGCGCCGCUGUGUUCCGUGUCGGCGCAGACAGAGCAAAUCGAGACUACCGAUGAAAGCUUUGUCCAGAAAACAGUCACUUCUGCUGUCACCACUAAAGAAAUACAUAUUUUGCAGAAGACGGAAAUCGAGAAAACGGUUCCAGCAUUGUCUCGAGAACCAAGCCCGGCGAAGAAAACCGUCACCGAAGAAUCGCAAGAAAGAUUUUACGAAACGAUGCAAGUGGACAGCGUGCCACCUCUGGCUCCGGAGUUCAUAGUUCCCCUGAACGAUGCAACCGUGCAAGAGGGCGAGAAAUUCACGUUCCAGUGCAAUCUCGUCGGCCACCCCCUGCCGGAAGUGGUCUGGUACAAAGACGGAAUCUCGAUUUUAAAUAACCCCGAUUAUCUGACGACUUACCACCACGGUCUCUGUACGUUGACAAUUGAAGAAACAUUCGCCGAGGAUUCUGCUAAAUACACUUGCAGAGCGUUCAAUAUCGCCGGCUCUGCCGAAACUUCUGCCACGUUGACUGUCAAAGAAACAGCGCCGGAAGAGCAAGCCAGUCCGCCGGUUUUCGUGAAGGAGUUGACAGCGUCGGUGGUAACGGAAGGCUCUCCGCUGCGAAUGGAUUGCACCGUCGAGGGCAAUCCGCUGCCAACGGUGCAGUGGUAUAAAAACGACACGAACAUCGACAAUUCACCGGACUACGUGAUCACGUACAACAACGGCGAGGCUGUGUUGAAGUUCGAGGAAGUGUUCCUCGAGGACAAGGCCACUUACACGUGCAAAGCGGCGAACCGUCUGGGCCACGCUUCCACCUCGGCUUUUCUCGAUGUGCAAAGCCCGGAAAGCAACAUGGAGAAGCCACGUUUCACGAUACCUUUGUCGAACGCGAUGGGCCGAGCAGGUCAGAGGGUGAAACUCGAAUGCAAGGCAACAGGAAAUCCGCUGCCGACGUUUACUUGGUACCACGAUGGAAGACCGGUGGAGGAAACCAUGAAUAUAAAGAUACAAACGGACGGCGGCCAGGCGAGCCUGAUCGUCGCGGAGGCGUUCGCGAAGGACGCCGGAUGCUACACGGUCACCGCGAGAAACGACGCCGGUGAAGCCACGGUUUCCUGCAACGUCUCGGUGAAAGGCCGGCUUCCUCAGGAGACCAGCGACUCGGAGCUCGCUUGCAGCGACAUGGAGCCCGUCGUGCCCAAGAUACAGAUGCCCCUCAAGGACCUCAGGGCCCAGGAGGGCAGGUCCGUCCGCCUGGACUGCGUCAUCGUCGGCCAACCUGAGCCGGAAUUGUUACAGGUGAUCUGGUACCACGAUGAUCAACCGGUGAAGGAGUCCGCCGACUUCCAGCUGUUGUUCCAGGGUGACAAGUGCUCCUUGGUGAUCCACGAGGCAUUCCUGGACGACGCCGGUGUCUACAAAGUAGUCGCCAUUAAUUCUGGCGGCGAAGCAUCUAGUCAGUGCACUUUAACGGUGACACCGGUUUCCGUUCCCGACGAGACGGAGAAGGUGCAACCGGAAGCCGAAGAAACGCUCGCCGCCGGCUCGCCACCGAAAUUUGUGAAGCUGCCGACGGACUCGUUGGUGGCCGAAGGCGAGAACGCCAUCUUCGACUGCGCGGUGAUUGGAGAACCGAAACCGGAACUGAAAUGGUUCUCCGACAGCGGCGAGAUCACCGGAAACGACAGAAUUUUGAUCGAGCAGAAAGAAGACGGAACCGGUGUGCUGCGACUUUUGUCCGUGAUUCCGGAGGACCGGGGCAACUAUAUCGUGAAAGCUGUGAACGUUCACGGAAAAGCGAAGGCAUUCGCCAGGUUGGUCGUCAGAUCGUUGGGCGAUUUCCGACGUAAAGAAGAAUUCGUGCAGAUGGAGGAGAAACUGAUCGCGCCGACGUUCAAGGAACGGUUCGAGGACAGAAUCGUGCCGGAAGGUGUUUCCACGAAAUUCGAGUGCAUCGUCGUUGGAAAACCGUCACCGAAGAUCCAAUGGCUGUUUAACGAUCGACCCGUCCAUGGCAAGGAUUUCUUGGUGUCGGUCAGCGGGGAUCGUCAGGUGCUGACCAUUCCGGAGACCGGAAGCACGCAUGCCGGCACUAUUUCCUGCGUGGCGGAGAACGCUGCUGGCAAAGCGAUUUGCAGCGCUCGUCUAGAUAUUGGUGGCUGGCCGAGGGAGGAGGCGAAAAAGGAGUUCGAGGUAGCCGAAGAGGCCGAGAGGGUGCUUGAACUAGUCGAAACUCUGCCCGCCGAGGAAGACAUGCACGCGGCGAGCACCAGCGACAAACACUUCUCCUCGGAGAAGAUGUCCGAGGCGGGUGGCGAGAAUCAAUCGGUGCUUACCAAGAUGUCGCAGACGAUCACCGAGUCAUCGACUACCCAUACGACCACGAAAAAAGAGUUUAUCUCGUCGACGAUGUCCUCGACAUUGGCGAAGGCCGGACAGGAGCCGACCAGCGUCUGCCUCAAAACCACCAUUCACAGCACUGCCCAGUCGUCGUCGGAGAAUGGUGCACCUCCUGUUAUGCAGUCGUACAAAGUCGAGGAACACGAAAAGAUCGUACAGGAUCAGCCGGGUGAGAUCCGACAGGAGAAGACGGUGGUGGUGUCUCAGGACGAGGAAGGGAUCAAACGCGACAUGAAAGCGGCCUCGCAGGUGCCGAAAUCGACCAGAAAAUCGACAGCGCCCAGAUUCGUGUCGCCGAUCACAGGAAUGAUCGUCGAUCAGGGGACCGACGUCGUUCUCGAAGGAAUAAUCGAUGGAUAUCCUCCGCCUUCAAUCACAUGGUCGAAGAAUGGUCAGGAGCUGAAGUCGAAGGAUGGCCUGGCGAUUAGUUAUGCGCACAAUCACAUCCGACUGGAACUGAAAAACGUGAAUGUUAAGGACGCAGGCCGAUACACCUGUUCCGCGAACAACGAUGUUGGAUCGGCCAGCAGCACAGCCGAUCUAGUUGUCAAAAAAACGAUAUUCCCACCCGUAUUCGGCAGAAGGCUUCAGGCCCAGGUGGUGAAACGUGGCGAUCGUGUCAACAUGGAGGUGGAGAUUACCGGAACCCCGGAACCAACGGUUUCCUGGUUCAAGGACGACAUACCGAUCAAGGAACGCCCGCCCGAAUUGAGAAUGAAGCAGCAGGGAAAUUGUUACAUGUUGAUUAUUGACAAAGCUGAGAUGCAUCAUUGCGGCAAGUAUAUGGUUCGGGCGACGAACGCCGGCGGGGAAGCUCAGAGCAUAGCCGAUUUUGCUGUUUUCGAACCAACGCCUGACACGAUGGUCGAGGUCCACAAAACCCUCGUCUAUGAGAACAUCCACGACAAGAAACAACUUCAGUCCGACUUGAAGAAGAGCGAAGCGUCAUUUUCCACGAAACAGACAAUCUCACAGCCGGCGAUCGCGUCGACGCAGCCGAUCCCGACAAUAAAACCGCCGCCGUUGGUCUCGUCGUCGUCGAUGUCGCAGACCACGCGGACGGUGGAGAAGCUCGAGAAGCCGGAGAUGUCGCGGUCGGAGACGAUCUCGUCGACGUUGGAGUCGCACCAGACGGAGACCAAGUCGGAGCAGAAGUACCACAUGAAACUCGAACACAAGACGCCGCCGAUCAUCGACGCUAAAAAAGAACCGGAAACAAUAUCUAAACAGUUCAUCCGCGAGGAGAAGAAGCUGGCCGAGACGAAGAUCGGGGAGCCGACCGGUCUGUUCGAGUCGAAGACGACGACGGAGAACGAGAACAUAGAGACGUCGACGAUAGCGAAGAAGGAUGCGCUGAGUUUCUUCGAGUCGAUGACGAAGGAGUCGACGACGGAGCCGGCGUCGAAGGGGCCGCCGAAGGAGAUGAUCAAGCUGGUGGACGAGACGGACGGCCGGGAGGCGAAGGUCGGCCGGCUGACGAAGAGCUACGAGAAGACGAGCUACCAGGAGGUGAAGAAGCCGGAGCCGCGUCCGCCGGAGCUGCAGGCGACGAAGAAGGCGGUGCACGAGAUCUUCACGAAGCUGGAGCAGGCGGGCGGCCCUCCUCGAGGCGUGGACAACAAGCUGUUCGACUUCCCGUACGAGAGCUACAAGCCGGCGCCGGUGGAGACGAAGAAGACGACGAUACAGGAGACGAUCAGCUCCGGGUCGUCGUCCUUCCAAGGCUCGUUGAUGACAUCGAAGACGGAGAGCAAGUCGGAGCUGCUGAUGACAGGGUUCGAGCUGAAGCCGGAGCCGCCGCCGGAGAUUGGCUACAUGCCGAAGCCGGAAGAGAUGGCGAAGAAGAAGCGGCCGGACGUGUCGGUGAAGGCGAAGCAGCUGCAGGAGUCGUUCGAGAAGACCUUGUCCCCGGUAGACGCGCCGAUCGGCGGCGUCAAGAUCUUCCCGACCGCGUCGCCGCGGCUCCCGGAACCGGUGAAGCCCGCGACGACGUUCUCGGUGCCGCCGCCUCCGUUCGAGCUCGACAAGAAGGAGGUGGUGGAGGAGGUCUGCGUGAAGAGGGACGCGCACGAGAAGAAGGACUUCGCGCCGAGCUUGAGGCCCGCGUCGCCCGGCAGGCCGUGGUCCUCGUCCUCGGACGUGGAGACGAGGUCGCAUGUGUCCACCGACCUGUCCGAGUACAGGUGUCACUCGGCCGCCUCCAGUCACCAGGAAAUCCUGAGGUCGUCCUCGCCUCGACCAUCGGCGGACGCGCUCGCCAUGGAGAAGUCCUGGGCGAAGAAGUGCGCUGACUCGUCGAGGAAGUCCUGGCCGCCGCAGGAGGACGCCAAGUUCAAGCAGGAGUGGCAGGUGCCGGCGGAGGACUACAAGACCUCAACUAAAGAGUCCAGGCGGGAGGUGGAGGAGACGCCGGACGGCGGGAUCAAGAGGAUCAGCACGGAGUCGACGAGCAGCACGGAGAGACGGUCCUGGAGCACGAAGCAGGAGGCCACGGAGAAACUGGAGAAGAUGACAAAGCGGGCGCCGUCGCCGCCUAGGGUCCAACCGAUCAUUUACAACGCGGAGACGAUCAAGGUCGACCACACGGUGAACAAGAUGGAAGAGAAGUCGCUGUUCGAGAAGUACUCGAGCGAGUGCGACGUGAAGAAGUCGGAGAUGUCUGAGAAGAUCGAGCAGUUCAGCUCGAAGAAGUGGUCGGCCGGGGACGAGCUGAAGGCUCCGGGGCUGGUCAGGAGCGUGGAGCCGCCGAAGAGGCCCGCGGCGCCGAUCUACCAUCCGCCGGAGCCGAUUCCGACCGCCGUUCUGGAUCAGAUCGUGCUGGAGCCUGGCCCGCCGCCGGAAAUCGGAUACAUGCCGGGGCCGGUCACGAUUGAGAAGAGGACGGAGAAGUUCGAGAAGACUUUCGAGGCGUCUCGCGAGUACCAGCCGGCGAAGGCGGCACCAGCGGCGAUCCGGACCGUCUCCCCGGCGCCUAGAAGAGAGGAACAGCCGCCGGCCUUGCCACCCAAGGACGUUCGAAUGACUCCGCCGCCGCUUCCUGCGAAGCAGCCGCCUCCUGCGGAGCCUCUGGAGCCGUUCCCGUUCAAGCCUGUCCCUGCGCCGCAGCAGGCCAAGGCGGCGAAGAUAGCUCCCCCGGCGACUCCCAGCAAGUUCGUGAAGGGCUCGUUCGGCCAGGAGAGCGACUACGAGUCGGACAUGGACGGUCACUUGAAGGCCAAGUGGCGGCCCUACGAGAGCGACAGCGAGGAGCCGCGAUAUCGUCGAGUGCAGGCUCCGGUCGCCGCGCAGCCGGCCAGGCCGAGGUCCACCGAGCCGGAGCCUCUGCCUCCCUCGAAGUUCGAGGUUCCGCCGACAGGCUUGUCCACGUCGACGAUCAGCAAGGAACACCUGGAGACCUGCAAGAGACAAACCACCGUCAAGAGGCAGGAGAAGGAGAUCAAACAGCAACAACAGCAACAACAGCAACAGAAGUACCAGGUGGUCCAGCCGGCUCCUAUCGAGCUGAAGCCAGGCUCCCCUCCCAUCUACGUGCAGCCGGCGGCCAAGAGUCCCACGGUGAAGAAGCCCGAGUCUCCAAAGUUCAAGGUCAAGACCUUCCAGCAGGAGAGCGGUUACAUGGCCGACACCGACGAGCCUUUCCAUCAGAAGAGCUCCGUCGCGUCCAUACAGAAGAGCUUCGGCAAGCACGAGUCCUCCUCCAGCAGCUCCCACAUGGAGUCCCGGUCCUCUUACUCGGAGAGCCGGUCGGAGUUCUUCCAGAGCAAGAGCUACGAGAGCCGCCAGCAACAGCAGAGGACCGACUCGUUUGCUCCUCCGGCGCCAGUCGCCCCGGCUUCAAAGCCUGCUCCGUCAUCAGCCGCCGGCUAUCAGCAGCACAGCUGCUUCCUGGAGAAAAGCUACGGCUCCUCGAGCAGCUCGCCGUCGAGAUACGCGUCCACGAAGGAAACCGUCUACUCCGCGGAUCAGUCGCAGAAGAAGUUGGAGACGUCGAAGAAGAUUCUGCCGCCGUCCCCGAGUCCUUCGAAAUUCGUGAAGAGUGAAUAUCGUGAGAGCGACUACGAGAGCGACUACGACGGCAGAAUACCGACCCUGUGGAAGCCGAGAGGCUACGAAAGCGACGAUCAGUCUUUCAGACCCGUGAAACCUAGUCUCGCUGGUCCAGGAAAACCGAAGGAUUCGCCGGCGCUGCUGAUCGAAGAGAUUUCGCUCGAGCAGAGAUCGAAGGAGCUGGCCAAGAGGGAGGAGAAACGUGCCGCUACGCCGACCAAGCCGAAAACGGUCCUCUUGCCAGGCUCGCCGCCGGAACUGGCGUACGCGCCGCCGCAGCCUCACCGUCAGCCGCAGCCGCAGCCUCAGCGUCAGCCGCACGUCCAGCCGCAGCCGCAGCCGACCUACUACGAGGCUAGGUCCGGCGUGCCGUUCCACAACGCGAUCGGCACCGAGACGAAGAAGACGGUACGGAUGGACGAGUCGACCGAGAACAGCCGCCGGAUCGUGACGAUGGAGCAGACCAGCCGGGUGAUCAAGUUCGGCGACGGCCAGAAGACCGGCGCCGCCGAGUUCGCCGGGUUCGAGAGGCAGCGGCCGCAGUACAAGGUGCCGGUCCCGAAGAAGUUCGUGCAGGGCCAGUUCCGCGAGUCCGACUAUGAGAGCGACAUCGACACCAGGAUCAGGCCGAAGUGGGCGCCGCCGGACAGCGACACCGAGGAGCCCAGGUACAGGAAGGUUCAGCCGCCCGCCGCCAAGUCGCCGAGGUCGUCGAGCGCGCCGGUCCGGCAGGAGCACGUGGUGUCGCCGAUGGAGUUCGACCGGGGCCCGGCCGCGGCCGUUCUCAAGAGACAGACCUCGAUGAGCCAGCUGAAGGACGUAGGUCGCAGAAAGACCGAGUCCGAGGCUAGGAUCAAGAGGGACUCCGAACCGAGGCAGCAGGAGCUCAAGCCUGGCUCUCCGCCCGAGUUCGGGUUCGUUUCGAGGACCGACGUGAAGAGGGCCGCCAACCACGUCGCGUCGCGUCACAUGAGCGACAUGACCAGCAGCUUCAAGUCGAAAACCGAGAAAUUCGUCAGCGACAUCCAGUCGGAUCUGAAGCAGGGCAAGCCGAUCCUGAAGCAUCCGGCCGACAGCCGAUCCACCGAGGCUGACGAGCCGCGUACCUACAGAGAGGAGUCACGACUUUCGGAGCACGGAACGAAGCAAAUCGAUCCGGACACCGGGCUGAUAUACUUCAAGUACGACUUCGGGUACGAGUUCGGGAUCGUGUUGCCCGGCGAGGGGAAGAGGACGGUGAGCAGCGCGAACAGAACGAUCCAAGGUCAGAGACGGGGCAGCGACAUCGAGGUGCCGAUCGUCCACGAGUUCACCGCGAGAAAGGAGAACGGUUUCGCGAAGAGGAGCGGCUCGACGGGCUCGUCGGGCCGGGCCGGCAAAUCGGCCGGCAAGUUCGGCGCCUCGAAGACCGUGAAAUGGGAGCCGACGUCGGAGAGCGAGUUCUCGGAGGCGGAGGACGUCCGGAACGCGAGAAAGAGGCAGUCGCAGACGCAGACCGACGGCGGUGCCGCGAUGACGGCACCCAGCCUCCUGAUACCCUGUUCGCCGUCGCCGUCCAGAUGGGACCACACGACGCCCAGUCCGCUUUCCUUGAGCCCAAGCUUACCGAGCCUUUCCCCCAGAUACAGUAGCACCACCGGACCACCCAGCAACGUCGACUCCGCAGGAUCGCCGUGGCCGACGACAAAUGGAGUGGCCUCGAGCAAAGAAGUGAUUCAACCUUAUCUCGAAAUACUACCGAAGAAGGCUCCCCUCUUCAUCACGCCGCUGAGGGACAUCGCAGUGGUCAGCGGACAAACGGCAAGAUUCGAGUGCAUUGUUCAAGCUGAACCGCAGCCGAAUAUCUUAUGGUCCAAGGACGGUAGAAUCGUCGAGAAUUCUUCGAGCUACGAAAUCCACUAUAGAAACGGCGUUUGUCGUCUGACUAUAGUGCGAGCUUAUCCCGAGGACGCUGGCAUUUACGCGUGUACCGCGACGAACAGCUUAGGUUCGACAGUGACUUCGGCGACGUUGCAGGUGCCAGGUAACAGACGAUCAGUAUACGCGCCACUUUAACAAUGGUCGAGAAGGGCUUUGAAAAGCAAUCAAACACAAACGAAUAAAAAAGCAAAAAAAAAUAAAAAAAUAAGAAUAUCAAACGCAA